AUGGAUAUCUCAACCACUAUAGAUCCCAAUGAUCUCUUCUCUGCCAAGGGUCUGGUCGUUGUUAUCACAGGCGGAGGCAGUGGAAUUGGCCUCGCCAUAACCUCGUGUCUCAGCCAAGCUGGUGCAGCCCACAUUUAUAUUCUCGGCCGCCAUCUAUCUACUCUCCAGGAAGCUGCUACUAGCGUUGGUACCGCUGUUGUACCCAUACAAUGCGAUAUCACUAGCCAGGCCUCUGUUUCCGCCGCUGUUGCAAAGAUAGAAGCUGAAAUCGGCUAUAUUGAUGUUUUGAUAAAUAAUGCCGGCGUGCAGGGUCCCGACCAUAAGCCUGCUAGAGAUGCAGAAACAAUAGAGGAACUGCAGAGAAUAUUGCUCACUGAUCCGGAGGGCUGGCAACCCACUUUUGCAGCCAACUCAAGCGCAGUUGUUGGAGUCUCCGCUGCCUUCUUGAAACUCCUCGAUGCGGGGAACAGACGGCGGGGUUGGGAAGGGGGGAAGAUUCCUUUGGGACGACCUCGGCGGCGGGAUAUCACCGUCUUCGCUAAGGAGGGGACCGCAUUAAACGACGAGAGGAGCAGUCAGAUUAUAACAGUUGGGAGCAUCUCUGGCCUUAAUCGCUUUAUAACGGCUGGGUUAGCUUAUGGCGCGAGCAAGGCUGCGGCAAUUCAUUUGAGCAAGAUGUUGACGUGA